AUGUCUGCAUACGUGCGUGUCCGUCUGUUUUCGUGGUCACGUAGGGCAAGUUAUGGCGUCAAACCCCUAAUCGGUAGUAAGGAUCUCUCAGCCUGGCAUCCACCGUUCCGGAGGUACUCCACGAGCAGUAUACAGCUUGAAGAACGACUCUCACUCAUCAAUGUCGAACGACGAAAGCGCCUGGGCGCUAAAGCUAUCGUCGAUUUCCUGGCGAUCGAUAGCAAGGAACACAUAGGGGAAUGGAUAUGUUGUGGACUCACACCAUCCAAAUACGUCUCAGACGUCCAUUAG